AUGAGAAGGGGCAAGGAAUUUGCCCCAAAAGUACCUCCCAAAACUGCAAACAGACAACAGGCGAACAGGAUUGUUGUCCUUGGCUCGUUUGCCUCUUUUCACCUGGAAGCGAAUACUGGAGCGAUGGUUCAACAAAAGCCCAAGUCCAAGAAGCUAGCUGCUGCGCCAUUCGGCUCCAGCAAAACUUCAGGGAAAGCUAUUCAGAAGCACCCGCUCUUCGAAAAGACGCCCCGUUCAUACCGAAUUGGAGGAGACAUCAGGCCCUCAGUCGAUUUAUCCCGCUAUGUCCGCUGGCCGAAAUAUAUUCGCAUGCAACGUCAGAGAGCCGUUCUUCUCCAGAGGCUGAAGGUCCCCCCUGCUUUGAAUCAAUUCAACCACGCAGUGGAUCGCAACCAGACGAGUCAAUUGUUCCGCUUGCUCAACAAGUAUAAACCCGAAAGCCGCGUCGAAAAGAAGAACAGACUUCUUGAAAGCGCCAAGAAGCGUGAGGCUGGGGAUGCAAGUGCUGCAACUGACAAGCCCGUCGUUCUGAAGUAUGGACUCAAUCACGUGACAGACCUCAUCGAAUUGAAAAAAGCCCGUUUGGUCGUUAUUGCUCACGACGUCAACCCUGUUGAGCUUGUUUGCUGGCUCCCUGCACUUUGCCGCAAGAAGGAUAUUCCCUACUGCAUCGUGAAGAGCAAGGCGCGCUUGGGCCAACUUGUCCACAAGAAAACUGCUUCUUGCGUUGUUGUCGAAAACGUGCGAAAAGAGGAUCAAGUUGCGCUUGACAACCUCAUUAAAACCUUCCGCUCAGAAUUCAACGACAAUGUCGAACUUCGCAGACGCUGGGGCGGAGGACUUCUAGGGUUGAAGUCGCGCCACAUUCAGGAGAAGAAGGAGAAGGCGAUUGCGCGUGAACAAGCCAAGAAACUUGGUCUCUGA